AUGAAGGUUUCUUCCUUGUUAGUAUUCACAUUUAUACUAAAUAUAUGCUGUGGGUACCAGUUGUAUUGUCGAUGUGACUGUAAUCAGAAUUCAAUCAUCAAAGAAAUUGAAAAAUGUGGGCUAUGCACGCGAGAGUUCUGUCUUAGUCAGGAUGAAAACUUGUGUGUGGUGGCGGUGAACAACAACGAUGAAAAUAAGAAUAGCAAACAUGAAAACAGUGAAAAGGAAAAGGAAAACAUUAUAAUCAGUUGUUUUCAAGUUGAGUCAUUUAAGGACUCGAUGAUUAUCUAUUCGUUUAUAUUUACGAUAUUGGGACUUUUGCUUUAUGCUGGGUAUAAGACAUAUAUACGAUAA